AGCAGUCGCAACGAGCGAACCUUAAUCGAAAACUAACGGAAACUAAAAAAAAAAUCCAUCAACAUGAAUUGUCUAUCGCAGAUGGUCAAGUAUUUACUGUACUUGCUCAAUGUCGUCUUUGUGGCUGCAGGUAUUUUGCUCAUCGUAGUUGGCUCGAUCAUGCUGGAUGGCAUGGGAACCUUUAAUUCGUUCAGCGACACGUUCAAUGCCCGAACCAUACCCAUUUGCGUCAUAGUCGUUGGCUGCAUCAUAUUCGUGGUUGCCUUCUUCGGCUGCUGUGGCACCAUACGCGAGAAUUCCUGCUGCACCACAAUUUACGCCGUUUGCAUGUUCAUUCUGUUUGCCUUGCAAUUGGCUCUGUCCAUCUGGCUCUUUGUGGAGAAUAGCAGUUUUGCUGACAGAAUCAGCGAGGUGGUGAACAAGGCCUGGCUGGAGAAUGAUGAUGCCAAUGGCUAUCCCAUGGACGCACUUCAGCUAACUUUCAAUUGCUGUGGCCGAAACAGUUAUAGGGAUUAUGUCGGAAACGUGCCCGCCUCGUGCUGUGGCUACACGGAUCGCGGGAAGAGCUGCUCUGCGGCCAUUUACGAAUCACGUCCUGGCUGCUAUCAAAAGUUCAACGAUUUCUGGACCACCAAUGCUGACAUCAUCUGCUGGAGCAGCUUGUUCAUCUCCCUCUUUGAGCUCGGCAUUUUCAUAUUUGCCUGCUGCUUGGCCAGCGCCAUGAGAAAGCGCUAAGCUCUAACCGCUGUUAGUCUAUCUACUACGUAUAUUACAUCAUUACA